CGACGCCGUUGCGACCCGGUUAAAUCCGGAUCAAGUGUACCCUAUUUUGGCGCCAGAGACGACGCCAUUGCAAAAUAUUCAUCUCCGCAUAGCUUAGAUUGCAAUUGAAGUGUGUUUUCACUUUCCAGUAUUCAUUUUGAUAUGAUCCAAUCGGAGGCACAAAGAACAAGCUUAGAAUUGAAUUGAAUUUGAACAGACAAAUCUAGAGAGAAUCGAAGGGGUAGCAGAGCAGUGUAAUGCCGAGCAAGAAGAGGAAGAGAGGAGAGAGACCUAGAAUUCACCCUCGAAACAAGUACUCUGAAAACCCGCCUGACUUCGGAUUACUCGCUUCUCAGUACUCAUCCUUUGCACCCUACGUUUUCUACGCACGCAGUGGCCGGCCCACUAUAGAUUGGACUGACUUCAAUGCCACCCGAGAGCUCACUCGGGUUUUGCUCCACCACGAUCAUGGUUUGGACUGGUGGAUCCCUGAUGGGCAGCUUUGCCCCACUGUUCCCAAUAGAUCUAAUUACAUCCAUUGGAUAGAAGAUCUUUUGUCAUCGGAAAUUAUACCUAAAGUUCAAUCAUAUGACAAUACUGUGAAGGGUUUUGAUAUUGGAACUGGAGCAAAUUGCAUUUACCCGCUACUUGGUGCAUCUCUACUUGGUUGGAGGUUUGUUGGUUCCGAUUUUACUGAUGUAGCAUUAGAGUGGGCAGAGAGAAAUGUCAAAAGUAAUCCUCAUAUUUCCGAAUUGAUUGAAAUUAGAAAUGUUGCUACUCAGGAUUCUUCUGCUGAUAAAGUUCUUAAUGGAUCAAUGAUCAAUUGUAAACAAGAUGUAGAUGAUAGUAAUGCCAAGCCUGUAGGUAUUGAACCACUUUCAGGUCCACAUGAAGUGCAAAUGAAUAUGAGUAAGAAUUAUCAUGGUCCACCUAUUCUUGUGGGUGUUGUCAAGGAAUGGGAGAAUUUUGACUUUUGUAUGUGCAACCCUCCAUUCUUUGAGACGAUAGAGGAAGCAGGACAGAAUCCAAAGACUUCUUGUGCUGGAACUCCGGAAGAGAUGGUUUGUCCUGGAGGGGAGCAGGCUUUUAUAACCCGCAUGAUUGAUGAUAGUGUUCAGCUCAGGCAGUCUUUUCGGUGGUACACGUCUAUGAUUGGAAGAAAAGCAAACAUGAAAGUGCUGGUAUCGAAACUUUGGGAGGUUGGAGCCACAGUUGUGAAGACAACUGAGUUUGUUCAAGGCCAGACAUGUCGAUGGGGACUUGCCUGGUCUUUUGUGCCUCCCACCAAGAAGACAAUACCCCACCAAAUUGCCGAGAAGACUAAUUUGUCUUUCAUGCUUGAGGGACUUCAACGCCAGCACAGUGCCUUCAAUUUGUUGCAAUCAGUAGAGUCCUUUUUCAGUACCAAUGGUGCAUCUUGUAAAUUAAAUGCAGCCUCAUUUGAUGUUGAUAUAAUGUUCCCCAAGGAGCAUUCCGAUGUCAUUUUGAAGUCACUUGAGGAGACAAACAAUGUAAAUGAUGCUGACUGUCCAAACAAGUUGGAUUGUUCUAGUAGUCAAAUAAACGACCUGCACUUUCGUGUUUCGGUCUUUCAGCAGAUACCAGGGACACUUUUAGUGAGAGGAUCAUUGCAGAAGAAAGACAGUUCAACAAGCUCAGGUGCGUUUUCGUCGGCAUUCCAACGGCUAGAAGGUUUUCUAAGAAAUACAUUUUGUAGGGAAAAGACUGGGGCUGAUGCAUCCUGCUGCACUAAGCCUAGAAGAUAGCUGCUUUAGUAUACUUGUGAUAAACUUGAAUAAUUUUGGUUGAUAUAUAGAUUAUGAGCCAUUGUUGUAACAGUCAUUUUGUAUCUGUUUGUGUUUGUCAUAAUGUAUACAAUAUGAGUUGAUAAUGAUAAUCAUGCAAAGAUGGCAGCUUUUUGCUCAUACAUUAA